AUGGCGACAGACGACAGGCCAGGGGAGUUGGACAGUAUACAGCUAUCCAUGUUAAAUGGGCAGCAGUACUGGAUUGGAGCAAGGAAACUGGAUGUGUUGGACAAGUUCUACUGGGUUGAAAUAGAUAUCGAUGACUGCUUAGCAUCACCCUGUGUUCAUGGCACCUGUAACGAUGGCGUCAACUCCUACACGUGCAGCUGUGACGUGGGCUAUAAUGGAAAAGACUGCGGAACUGAAGUCGACGAGUGCGAAUCAUCACCCUGUGUUCAUGGCACCUGUAACGAUGGCGUCAACUCCUACACGUGCAGCUGUGACGCGGGUUUCAAUGGAACAGACUGCGAAACUGAAGUCGACGAGUGCGAAUCAUCACCCUGUGUUCAUGGCACCUGUAACGAUGGCGUCAACUCCUACACGUGCAGCUGUGACGCGGGUUUCAAUGGAACAGACUGCGAAACUGAUAUUGACGAGUGCGAAUCAUCACCUUGUGUUCAUGGCACCUGUAACGAUGGCGUCAACUCCUACACGUGCAGCUGUGACGCGGGUUUCAAUGGAACAGACUGCGAAACUGAUAUUGACGAGUGCGAAUCAUCACCUUGUGUUCAUGGCACCUGUAACGAUGGCGUCAACUCCUACACGUGCAGCUGUGACGCGGGCUUCAAUGGAACAGACUGCGAAACUGAAGUCGACGAGUGCGAUUCAUCACCAUGUGUUCAUGGCACCUGUAACGAUGGCGUCAACUCCUACACGUGCAGCUGUGACGCGGGUUUCAAUGGAACAGACUGCGAAACUGAAGUCGACGAGUGCGAUUCAUCACCAUGUGUUCAUGGCACCUGUAACGAUGGCGUCAACUCCUACACGUGCAGCUGUGACGCGGGUUUCAAUGGAACAGACUGCGAAACUGAUAUUGACGAGUGCGAAUCAUCACCUUGUGUUCAUGGCACCUGUAACGAUGGCGUCAACUCCUACACGUGCAGCUGUGACGCGGGUUUCAAUGGAUCAGACUGCGAAACUGAAGUCGACGAGUGCGAAUCAUCACCCUGUGUUCAUGGCACCUGUAACGAUGGCGUCAACUCCUACACGUGCAGCUGUGACGCGGGUUUCAAUGGAACAGACUGCGAAACUGAUAUUGACGAGUGCGAAUCAUCACCCUGUGUUCAUGGCACCUGUAACGAUGGCGUCAACUCCUACACGUGCAGCUGUGACGCGGGCUAUAAUGGAACAGACUGCGAAACUGAAGUCGACGAGUGCGAAUCAUCACCUUGUGUUCAUGGCACCUGUAACGAUGGCGUCAACUCCUACACGUGCAGAUGUGACGCGGGUUUCAAUGGAACAGACUGCGAAACUGAUAUUGACGAGUGCGAAUCAUCACCCUGUGUUCAUGGCACCUGUAACGAUGGCGUCAACUCCUACACGUGCAGCUGUGACGCGGGUUUCAAUGGAACAGACUGCGAAACUGAUAUUGACGAGUGCGAAUCAUCACCUUGUGUUCAUGGCACCUGUAACGAUGGCGUCAACUCCUACACGUGCAGCUGUGACGCGGGUUUCAAUGGAACAGACUGCGAAACUGAAGUCGACGAGUGCGAAUCAUCACCCUGUGUUCAUGGCACCUGUAACGAUGGCGUCAACUCCUACACGUGCAGCUGUGACGCGGGUUUCAAUGGAACAGACUGCGAAACUGAUAUUGACGAGUGCGAAUCAUCACCCUGUGUUCAUGGCACCUGUAACGAUGGCGUCAACUCCUACACGUGCAGCUGUGACGCGGGCUAUAAUGGAACAGACUGCGAAACUGAUAUUGACGAGUGCGAAUCAUCACCUUGUGUUCAUGGCACCUGUAACGAUGGCGUCAACUCCUACACGUGCAGCUGUGACGCGGGUUUCAAUGGAACAGACUGCGAAACUGAUAUUGACGAGUGCGAAUCAUCACCUUGUGUUCAUGGCACCUGUAACGAUGGCGUCAACUCCUACACGUGCAGCUGUGACGCGGGCUUCAAUGGAACAGACUGCGAAACUGAAGUCGACGAGUGCGAUUCAUCACCAUGUGUUCAUGGCACCUGUAACGAUGGCGUCAACUCCUACACGUGCAGCUGUGACGCGGGUUUCAAUGGAACAGACUGCGAAACUGAUAUUGACGAGUGCGAAUCAUCACCCUGUGUUCAUGGCACCUGUAACGAUGGCGUCAACUCCUACACGUGCAGCUGUGACGCGGGCUUCAAUGGAACAGACUGCGAAACUGAUAUUGACGAGUGCGAAUCAUCACCCUGUGUUCAUGGCACCUGUAACGAUGGCGUCAACUCCUACACGUGCAGCUGUGACGCGGGUUUCAAUGGAACAGACUGCGAAACUGAUAUUGACGAGUGCGAAUCAUCACCCUGUGUUCAUGGCACCUGUAACGAUGGCGUCAACUCCUACACGUGCAGCUGUGACGCGGGUUUCAAUGGAACAGACUGCGAAACUGAAGUCGACGAGUGCGAAUCAUCACCCUGUGUUCAUGGCACCUGUAACGAUGGCGUCAACUCCUACACGUGCAGCUGUGACGCGGGUUUCAAUGGAACAGACUGCGAAACUGAAGUCGACGAGUGCGAAUCAUCACCCUGUGUUCAUGGCACCUGUAACGAUGGCGUCAACUCCUACACGUGCAGCUGUGACGCGGGUUUCAAUGGAACAGACUGCGAAACUGAUAUUGACGAGUGCGAAUCAUCACCCUGUGUUCAUGGCACCUGUAACGAUGGCGUCAACUCCUACACGUGCAGCUGUGACGCGGGUUUCAAUGGAUCAGACUGCGAAACUGAAGUCGACGAGUGCGAAUCAUCACCCUGUGUUCAUGGCACCUGUAACGAUGGCGUCAACUCCUACACGUGCAGCUGUGACGCGGGCUUCAAUGGAACAGACUGCGAAACUGAUAUUGACGAGUGCGAAUCAUCACCCUGUGUUCAUGGCACCUGUAACGAUGGCGUCAACUCCUACACGUGCAGCUGUGACGCGGGUUUCAAUGGAACAGACUGCGAAACUGAUAUUGACGAGUGCGAAUCAUCACCCUGUGUUCAUGGCACCUGUAACGAUGGCGUCAACUCCUACACGUGCAGCUGUGACGCGGGUUUCAAUGGAACAGACUGCGGAACUGAUAUUGACGAGUGCGAAUCAUCACCCUGUGUUCAUGGCACCUGUAACGAUGGCGUCAACUCCUACACGUGCAGCUGUGACGCGGGCUUCAAUGGAACAGACUGCGAAACUGAUAUUGACGAGUGCGAAUCAUCACCCUGUGUUCAUGGCACCUGUAACGAUGGCGUCAACUCCUACACGUGCAGCUGUGACGCGGGUUUCUAUGGAACAGACUGCGAAACUGAAGCUGACGAGUGCGAAUCAUCACCCUGUGUUCAUGGCACCUGUAACGAUGGCGUCAACUCCUACACGUGCAGCUGUGACGCGGGUUUCUAUGGAACAGAUUGCGGAACUGCACUGCAAGUGGCAGGAGCCAUGCAGCAAGUGAAACGGCUCGCAUUUGAUGAUGACAAAAGAAACAGGAUAAAAGACGAUGAUGUCCUAGACGAUGAAGUACAUCUGUGGCCAACUAAGUGGCUACAAGACAUUGAGAAGGAAAAGGGAUACCCAUCUUCAGGAUACUCGUCCAGCAUAGAAGGUGGACAGUCGUCCAGGAAGUCAUCAAGCACCGUACCAGUGCAGGAAAGGAAACCAUCCAAGUACCCUCGCCGCAGCCACCAGAUGGAAGUAGAUAUGGGCAGUGAUGUCGUGUCUCGCCACUAUGACAACAAGUUGUUGCUGAAGCGGUUGUCAUACCCUUCCUCCGUCCCAUUACCAGACUAUGAUAAUGGCGGCGUGAGAAGGGGAAGGGUUUCUAAUGUAUCUAUUACGUCCUGUUAACACCAUCACGUUUCCAAUUGUAAACGCUAAGACAACAUCAUCUAAGCCCCCUGGAAUCUUACGCUGGUCAGAAUAAUGGGGUGUCGUUUCCGGCUGGGCACUUGGGUGGAACGUUUGGGCCCGUCCGCGGCUUUUUUUCGAUAGAGAUUACACAUAGAAAACCUUCAUGAUAGUAUUUGUAUGAUUAUGUUGAUGAUAUUUUUGUCUUACUCAACACUGUUAUCAAACUCUGUUGUCUUAAGUUAUUCAUUCAAUAAGAUCCCUAGUGAUAUAAGACGAAUAUGUCAUUGACCUGACAAUGACCUUUAAUAAAAGAAGACUAUAAUGUUUUAAACCGACUGUGGUCUAUUAUGACCUGGAAUAAGAUUAGAAGAGUUAAAACUGAUCUUACAACGUGCAUGUGGACAUCACACAUGAAAAGAACUCAGGACCAACUAUAUGUAUCAAUGGAAUUUAGAAUGAUGGAAGUUUAAGGAUUAAUUACACCAGUAAAAGUAUAAUCUUAUUUCAAAAUCUUUACCACUGUACAUACACUGAAAGUUAUAAUUACAAUGUCUAAUAGUCAUUUUCACAGAAUGUAUGUUUACUCAAUUCUUCAACGUGUCUACGCAUCUUGGCAACGUAAUUAAAGUAACCUGCUAUCCUA